AUGGAGCAAUCGAAUAAUCAAAUAAUACGACGAUAUACUAGUGAAGAAGAUGUUUUCAAGGACAAAUAUCCUGUGAGAGAUGAACGAAUUUAUCACGUUGAUAUAAAUGGCUUGAGAGUACCGCAAAAUGUUCGUCAUCGUUUUCGAUCAAAAAUUACUGAUCAAUUGUUAUGUGAUAACUGCCAAGUCAAUGACGCAUUAAAAUACAUCGAUAUACAAUAUGUUCCGAAUCGUAGUCGAUUGUCAAAUCACACUGAACAAAUAAGACCCAUGACAUCGACAGGUCUGACAUCAACAAGUUUAUUAUCUUUAAAUGAUCCUCACCAAAGCGAAGAUUAUUAUAAUAUUAGCAAUGAUUUAAGAAAUAGUGUGUGUCAUGGAUUUCCAGUAAAACGUUCAAGCCAUUCAAAAAAUGUCCAUAAUGCACAACUAGUUCAAGAACACUUUAGUUCCACAAAAAAUUUCAAUUCAGCAUUUCGACGAAAGAAAGAUUGGCUAGGUACUUAUUACCACUAA